UAGCCAAUGGGAGCGCUGCCAAACGCGGAAGUGCUCUCCUUCCUUUGGCCACCCGGAAAUGGAUGAGCAUUUCUGAUGUUUUUAUUUUGUUAUUUCCCACCCUGUUACCUGAUUUAAUUACAUAUAACAAAUUUUUUUUUUCCAAAUUUCACUGCAGCACAAUCAUCAUUUAAACUUUGCCUGAAAAGUGUUCAGGUCAAGCACCAAUUAACUAAAUUUGAAAACAAUUUUGCCACAAAACGUCUUGAAGAAACUGUUUGCUCUCUCUCUCUCUCUCUCUUCAGAGACUACAGGGGGUGAGUGGAAUGCGAGGGUCACCGCGCCUGGAGCGAGGGGGAAGGGGUCGAGAAGAUGGUGGAGACCAGGUGCCCGGAGUCUGGAUCACGGUGAACAGCUGCUGGUGCCCAGGGAAUGGCCACAAUCUGGCAGCAGGUGUUAGCUGUUGAUGCCAGGUAUAACGCCUACCGCACCUCCAGCUUCCCCCAGUUCCGUACCCAGUACAUCCGGCGUCGUAGCCAGUUGCUGCGGGAGAAUGCGAAGGGUGGCUUUGACCCCCUGCUGCGGCGCCAGUACCUGAAGCUGCGUAGCCAGCUGCUGGCGCAGCGGUACGGCCCACUGUCCGAACAGAGCAGCUUCCGGGCCUACAGCAACAGCAUUCGGAGCAGCCGUACCACCCUGGACCGCAUGGAGGACUUUGAGGAGGAUUUGCGAGCUCAGGGAGGGAGGGGACACCGACGCUCGGUCAGCCGCGGUUCGUAUCAGCUGCAGGCCCAGAUGAAUCGCGCCAGUCACGAGGAUAAGUGAGUAGAGCAUGCACUCACCAAGGACAACAAAACAACAUCCGACCUCCCGGGGCGAUGCACAUCCCUGUAGAACAGCCGGUCGUAGGGAGUCAUACAGCACAGAAGCAGACCCUUUGGCCCAACCAGUCCAUGCUGACCCGAAUCCCAAACUAAAGCAGUCCCACAGCUGCCCUGUUCCUGGCCCCGUGCCCCUCUGACCCUUUCCCAUCCACGGACUCAUCCGAGAGUCUUCUGAACGUGGUAACCGUACCUGCAUCCAGCACUCCCUCAGGGAGGGCCUUCCACAUUCUGUUCAAAGAACAACAUCCCUCGUGGCUUUUAUUAAACCCCU